ACGGAUGACACAGUUGCUUCACACAUCAGCGCAAAGUUUACGCUUUGAAUCAAAACAAAGGUCUAAAUAAAAGAAUGUCGAGUAUUAAAAAGGAAACAUCAGACACAUCACCAGUUUUAUUCUUAAAUGUUAAAGGUGAACCAAUGCGCUUCUUUGUGAGGCCGGGUCCCACCAAAGUCCAGCUCCAACCUUUAAUAACUAACGGUGGAGGCAUCCUCUGCCGGACCCAGGAACCCAAUGCCAUUUUGUUGGCAGAUCCUGGUGAGAUUAGUGCUGCUGCAGAAGGUGCCAGUCAGUUCUACAUUUCCACUCAGUACAUCCGUGACUGUGUCAUACAAAACAAGCAGCUGGACAUCGAGGGCUACAGGUUCAGCAAUCUGCAGCCUGUACAGACCAGGACGGCCUCGCGGAAACAAAAGGGCGCGGGCCGCAUGGGUUACUCACUCGAGGAUGACUCUGCCAUUUUAAAUUUCAUAGCCAAGCAUCAACAUGAUGCAAAGGGCAACCGAGUCUGGCAGGAAAUGGAGCGCCAGGGCAUCACCAGUCACAGCUGGCAGUCCAUGAAGGAUCGCUUCCUAAAGCAUCUGCAACAUAAGCUUCCCAGCAAAAGCCCUAAAACGGACAAGAAAGCGAGCUCCCCGAUGAAGAGUUUUUUAUCUGACAACAAUACUUCACGUCCUUCAUCAAAGCCCAGUACACCAAAACAAACACCCAAGAGAAAAGCACAGGUAAUUUUAUUUUCAGAUUCUGACAGCACACAGAUCAGCCCUGAGAGCAGACCAGCAGACCAACCAGACCCUGAAUCAUCACCUGAAAAAUGCAGCUCUACUGAACGCCCUGAUUCAGAGACGAACCAGGCACAUACAGUCAAUAAUGAGGUACAUAAUGAACCUGCUGGUGACCAAAAUCAAGAGUCAGUGCAGGAGGGAGAGCAACAGCAAUGCCAGCAAGACAAUCAGCAGCAUGAGGUUCCUACUAAAAAAGCUAGAAUGGAAAACGACACAUCUGGGGUGGAAACAUCUCAUGAAUCUACAAAAAACUCAACAGCCUCAAGUGAGAAGGGCCGAAAAAAACAAAAGACCUCUAGAUCCUCUGGGAGAAAGCUUGGCAUACUCGAGAGAGCCGCAAGAGAAUUUGAAGACUCGCAAACUCUUGAUAGUCAGGAAGACCAACCACAGAGUCAGCCAUCAUCCACCGGCUCAGAAACAGAUGAAGCUCAGAUUAUGGCGGCACGUGAAAGAGCGAUCAGAGAACAAGCAGCGAUUACUGACCACCCCAGCGACGCAGUACAGCAUCCGCCAGAAGCCCAGAACCUUUGCACUCCGGAGCUUAAGGAUUCUGCCCCUGGUCCCAACGGCGUGGUUGCACCCAUCACCUCUAACGCUCACAUGUUUCUGUUUCAGCAAGAAUCUCAGGAGGACCUCAGCCAGCCUUCUGAGGAGGAACGUGUCUCCCAGGACUUGCUGGAAGCAAAGCAACGUGUGGUUAGCUUAAUGCAGGAGUCUGAGAAAGACCUGGUCGAGGUGAUGAAGGCGCUUUUAAAAGCCAGCGGUGAUGUAACACUGGCAAUGACGUAUUUGGUUGAAGGACGUGAUCCUGAAGUACACGGACCAUUAUGGACAAAAAAUGACGAUGAGAUCCUUCUUUCAGCUGAUCUUUCUGGCCGUGAGAUGCUUAAUGAGAAGUACGGAGCUGAAAGAGUUUCGAACAGAAUUGCUUUUUUGACAGUAGAAUGAAAACAAAAUUCAGAAAAAAUUGAAUAUUUUAUAUCACUGUAUUAAUUAACUAUUUUAGCUUGACGGCAUCUCUGUCUAUCACAUCUCUAGUGUAUUUGUACUGCAGACAAACUAAACUAAACUUAUACUAAUCAUAGCAGCAGAAAUGGACUGACUUUAUUUUGCUGCCUGUUGCUUUAAAUAUCCACAGACUUUGGACAUUUAGUGUAUUUGUAAAUUGAGCUUUAAAAUGAUUGUAGUAUUGCAAAGAUCAUUCAUUCAUUGUUUUAUUAACUGCUUUAUUCCUGUCAGGAUUGCGGCACCACACUGUCGCCCACAUUUUCUCAUAUCUGAGAUAUACUGGUUGUCAUUUAAACUUGCUUUUAUAUCCAUGUUUUUUAAUGACGCAAUUCAUCAACCAUCCUCAGACUUCCAUUGAAAGUGACUUUCGAGUCAACAGGCUAUCGGUUAAUUUCUCAGUACAUUGAAAUCUUUCGUCUUCUUCUUAGGUUACGGCGUGUUUGCCCUAGCCCAGGUCGUAACAGUGUUGAAACUAUUGGCUCUGGUAAUGACACUUGUGCUAUAGAUGCAGUAGAAGCAUAAAUGUCACAUGAUUUUUAGAUAAUUUUUACUUUGUUAGUGUUGUCAAUAAAUUGUACACCAAACACCGUCUGUUAUUAAAGCAAAAUAAACAAAUAUUUUACAAUUUUAAA